AUGGGGGAGUUCUGCGUCGUUGAGUGCGUCUCGUCGACGGGAAGCAUCGAAAACGAUGAGAUCCAUCACCACGGGAACGGUCAUCAUCACCACAACAACCAUCAAUUAUCGUCGGCGAAGUCUCAGGCGAACCACGGCGGAGCCGCCCUAUUGGGUACCAACAUCGUCGGCCCGACGGCGAUCGCUCCGGCGACGAGUGUCUACGAGCUCCUCGAAUGCCCCGUCUGCACCAAUUCCAUGUACCCACCAAUCCAUCAGUGCCAUAAUGGACACACAUUAUGCUCGACCUGUAAAGCAAGGGUUCACAACCGGUGUCCCACAUGUAGACAAGAACUCGGAGAUAUCAGAUGUUUAGCUCUUGAGAAAGUGGCCGAGUCACUAGAGCUACCAUGCAAGUAUUACAAUCUCGGGUGCCCGGAGAUAUUUCCUUAUUACAGCAAACUAAAGCACGAGUCUAACUGUAACUUCAGACCUUACAACUGUCCGUACGCUGGUUCGGAGUGUGCUGCAGUAGGGGACAUCCCUUUCCUAGUAGCCCAUCUGAGGGAUGAUCACAAAGUCGACAUGCACACAGGAUGCACAUUCAACCAUCGGUAUGUCAAAGCCAAUCCACGUGAAGUCGAGAACGCCACAUGGAUGCUAACGGUAUUCCAUUGCUUUGGGCAAUACUUCUGCCUUCAUUUUGAGGCGUUCCAGCUCGGGAUGGCGCCAGUAUACAUGGCAUUCCUCAGAUUCAUGGGGGACGAGGCGGAGGCAAGGAACUACAGCUACAGCCUAGAAGUGGGAGGCAGUGGGAGGAAACUGAUAUGGGAAGGCACCCCGAGAAGCAUAAGGGACAGCCACAGGAAAGUGAGAGAUAGCCAUGACGGUCUGAUAAUACAGAGAAACAUUGCUCUUUUCUUCUCCGGUGGAGACAGGAAAGAGCUUAAGCUUAGAGUUACCGGAAGAAUCUGGAAAGAGCAGCAGAACCCGGAUUCCGGGAUUUGCAUACCAAACCUUUGUAGCUGAAAACUGGUGAUUUGAUUUCUAUUCAUCAUGUCUGUGUGAUAUUAUUUAGUUUGUUGGGAAUGUGUUUGGGUCUGAAGUUGAUGUAAGUGGGAGCUUUUUCUGUAUGAUUUAAAAGCGUAUGAGAUUAGAAGAUUCCUUAUCCGUUUCUGUUGUUGAAGAUGUCGGACUCAUUGUAUUAACUUUUUUUCGGGGUGGGAUUGUGUCUGAUGAUUCAUUGAU